UUUUCGUUAAAUUAAUAGGCUUAAAUCCAAUAAUUGCACCCCGUUGGCGCCACUGUUUGGGUCGUUUUUCGGAAAUCCGCCGCAGCCAUCUUUCUUUCUCUUGUCAAAUGUCAAUUUGGUGAACACGCGUUUGUUGGUGAAUUAUUUCCAAUAAACCAUCAUGGCACCGCGUUACGAACUCGCUAUCGGUCUCCAAAGGGGCCACAAAACCACAAAAAUUCCCUCUGGAAAGACCAAAGCCGACAAGGUCCGUCCUGCACGGUUGAAGGGGCACCAAACCAAACACACGAAAUUCGUCCGCGACCUCAUUCGUGAAGUCGUGGGCCACGCUCCGUACGAAAAACGUGCUAUGGAAUUGCUGAAAGUGUCGAAAGACAAGCGCGCCCUCAAGUUCUUGAAGCGCCGUCUUGGCACCCACAUUCGUGCCAAGAGGAAGCGUGAAGAGUUGUCCAACAUUCUGACACAAAUGCGUAAAGCACAAGCUCACGCUAAGUAAAUGUAUUUUUAAGUUUUUGACAUUAAAAACAUAACAGUAAA